GGAUGGCCGCCAUCUUGGUUUCACAAGUGGGAGGUACUUUUGUGUUGUACAUCCUGCUAAGUUCCAUGGGAAGCUAAAUCCGGUAGGUAAUAUUUAAAGCUACGUUGACCAGAAUAAACAUGUCGUUUGACUGGCAGGAUCAAGAUUAUGAUUACGAAGUCGAACCAGACCCGUCUGACUAUCUCGACUACGCUGACCAUUUCGAAGUCGAACCAGACCCGUCUGACUAUCUCGACUACGCUGACAAUUUCGAAGUCGAACCAGACCCGUCUGACUAUCUAGACCAAGUUGACGGGUAUGAAGACGGACCAGACCUGUAUGACUUUCAAGAAGACCUGAUUGACGAGUCCCGAACCGAACCAGGCCCCUUAGAACUGCUUGGGUGCGACGAAGCAGAACUGACUGAAAAAGAACGCCUAAAGACUGAACUAAGACAUGAAAGAGAAGCAAAGGGAAGCGCGUUUGCCCUGUGUCGGAGACUGGAACAGGAGACCGUUAAUCUAAAGACCCAGGGAGAAGCUGACAAGAGAGAAAUAGAGCGACUGAAAGAGCAGAUCGCAUCUUCAUCCAACGAAAACACCAGUUCGUACGACAUGAGCCAAGACCCCCGCGGAGUCUGCGUCAUCAUCAACAACAUCCACUUUGAGGACAUGGCGGACAGGGAUGGGGCAGAGGGGGAUACAGAUCGUCUCCGAGAAGUCAUUGAAGGCCUUGGCUUCACCGUCGUGACCUUCAGUGACCUUGACCAUGCCAAGAUGGUGGCUACUAUGAAGGACCAAGGAAAGGCCGACCACUCCAACUACGACUGUUUCGUCUGCGUCAUCAUGUCGCACGGCACCAUGGGAAAGGUCUACUCCUCCGAUGACGUAGGCAUAGAUAUCUGUGAGCUCAUGAAGCCCGUCAAUGCUAAGAAAUGCCCCUCUCUCAAAGGCAAACCAAAACUGUUCUUCAUUCAGGCUUGUCAGGGAGAGAAAACCCAAAGAAAAGAAGGCUUUGAUGGCGAGUAUGACGCCAAACCUGUCCCCUUCAUCUGCCACGAAGCCGACUUCUUCCUGGGCCUGGCCACGGUCCCAGGCUAUGUGGCUAGGCGGGACCAGGACGGGGCUCCCUAUGUGCACCAUUUGGCAAAACUGCUGAAAGAUUUCGGCCCAACUCACGACCUGUCCGCCAUCAUGGCCAUGGUGUGCGACAAAAUGAACGACAUUAAUGACGACAAGUUUGGGUGGAUCUCCUCAAACCACAGCACUUUGCGUAAAAAGGUCGUCUUCAGCGCAAAGUGAUCCAAUUCUGAUUCAAACGGUUUUAACAACAGAAAAUGGCUUUGGUUUCUAUUACUUUCUCUGUUGACUUUCAUUAGGCCCAGGGGCAUGAGACACAGAUAUUUCUAUGACUUAACACAGAACUCCUCUAUAGCUUUGUGUUGAUUUCUGGUGAGGGGGAGAAUGAAAGCCCAGGUAAACUUACUAGGAUCACACUAAGGCUAUACAUUUAAUGUGGCUUCUGACUAAUACGAGUACACUGUGUAAGUUGUGAAGUGUGUCAGGGAUGUUGAAAUGGCCUUCACAUAUACCUUUAUUCGAUUGACCUGGGCAAUAGUGACCCUUAAAAAUUGCGAAUGUCUUAUGACAUGAUUGCUGUUGUUUUUAUUAAUGUUUGACUAAUUGCUAACAGCUCAUUGUGGAGGUCAUGAGUUAUGGUCUUCUGGAUAAUAUUGACAUAUUGUAAAAAGCUUAUGCUAUGAUGCUGUUUUGAUCAGGCGUUGUUGUUUUUAAAUUUUAUUCCCAAUAUAUUUUGUGAGUAUUACGCUACAAGCAAUAUGCUUAUGUAAAGCCUUCUACUCAAGACAUAAAUAUAAAACAACAGUAAAAAAAUGUCAACAUUCACACGUAAAAGAAAAAUGCAUAACACAAAGUAAAUAUUAACUAUACAAAUUGGUGCUGUAUCAAUAAAAAGAAUCUACAAUGUGCAAUGAAUGAUGAAAGUAUGGACGAUGUCAAGUAACAUUAAGUACGUACUGUCAUUGGGUUACUGUGCGGUUCUACAAUAUUCAAAAGAGAUGAUAACCCUUCUUUCGCUGGUAUAAGGCUAACAGUACAGGAUAUAGUGUUCAGUUGUUAACUAUGGUAACCGCAUUUACAUGUACCAUCAUCAAUACAUGGUGUUGAAAAAGAUGGUUAUCAAUUGUUGACUCGGUAAUUUCCGUUAAGUGGAAUAAAUCAUCUAUAGCUAAUCAUUAGCUAUAUGUAGUUGUGUUGCCACUUUUAAGUGACAGUUUUAAUGUGUUACCUGGCAAUAUGUCAACCUUGUAAUCCACUGUAACCAUGGAAACCUCCGAAUAAACAGAAAAAGACGAAAUGA